UGCGCUUUUCUGCCUCUGCAGCAGCCUCGCACUGGUUCAUCCUUUUGACUGGAAAGACCUAAAUCCUGUUGCCCAUAUUAGAUCAUCAGGACAGAACCAAGAUGAGGCAUUUUCAGACAGACUGGAAGCUCAGCUGGCAACCGCUGUGGAGAACUUCCUCAGCGUGGCCCCUUCUGUCCCUCACUGCCCUAGCCCGCUCUCACUCAGGCGCAGUGACACAACGCCCCUGGAGUUUGCUCAGAGGCAACCUCAAAACCUGCUCCCAUGAAGGUGAAGGAGAGGCAGGUGUCUUGAUCAACAGGUGUAGUCCUGCAUGGGUCAAUAAAAUACAAGCUCUGAUGGCUGCUGCAAGCUUAGGCCAAACUAAAAUUCCCAAAGGAAAUGGCUCUUAUUCUGUCGGUUGUACAGACUUGAUGUUUGAUUACAGUAAUAAGGGCACCUUCUUGCGUUUGUAUUAUCCAUCCCAAGAGGAUGACCACUCUGACACCCUUUGGAUCCCAAACAAAGAAUAUUUUUUUGGUCUUAGUAAAUUUCUUGGAACACACUGGCUUAUGGGCAAAAUACUGAGCUGCUUUUUUGGUUCAAUGACAACUCCUGCAAACUGGAAUUCUCCUCUGAGGACUGGUGAAAAAUACCCACUAAUAGUUUUUUCUCAUGGUCUUGGAGCAUUCCGGACAAUUUAUUCUGCUGUUGGCAUUGAUCUUGCAUCUCAUGGGUUCAUAGUUGCUGCUGUAGAACACAGAGACGGAUCUGCGUCUGCGACUUACUAUUUCAGGGACCAGUCUGCUGUAGAAAUAGGGAACAAAUCUUGGCUCUAUCUUAAAACCCUAAAACCAGGGGACCAGGAGGUGCCUCUACGAAAUGAGCAGGUGCGCCAAAGGGCAAAGGAGUGUUCCCAAGCUCUCGAUUUGAUUCUGGACAUUGAUCGUGGAAGGCCAGUGAAGAAUGCAUUAGAUGUAGAGUUUGAUGUGGAACAACUGAAGGACUCUAUUGACAGGAAUAAAUUAGCAGUAAUUGGACAUUCUUUUGGUGGAGCCACAGUUAUUCAGACUCUUAGUGAAGACCAGAGAUUCAGGUGUGGUAUUGCCCUGGAUGCAUGGAUGCUUCCAUUGGGUGAUGAAGUAUAUUCCAGAAUUCCUCAGCCCCUCUUUUUUAUCAACUCGGAACGGUUCCAAUAUCCUGCUAAUAUCAUAAAAAUGAAAAAAUGCUACUCACCUGACAAAGAAAGAAAAAUGAUUACAAUCAGGGGUUCAGUGCAUCAGAAUUUUGUGGAUUUCACUUUUGCAACUGGCAAAAUAAUUGGAUACAUGUUCACUUUAAAAGGAGAUAUCGAUUCAAAUGUAGCAAUUGAUCUUAGCAACAAAGCUUCAUUAGCAUUCUUACAAAAGCAUUUAGGACUGCAGAAAGAUUUUGAUCAGUGGGAUUCUUUAAUUGAAGGAGAAGAUGAUAAUCUUAUUCCAGGGACCAACAUUGACACAACCAACCAACAUGUCACUCUACAAAACUCUACAGGAAGAGAGAAAUAGAAUUUAGAUCAAGAGCACUUUUUAAAAAGCUGUCUAAAAUUGUGUGUAUGUGUGUGAUUUUAAUGUUUGUUUGUUUGUUUUUUCUCAAAUAACUCUAUUGUAAAAUGUAGACUAUAUCAUAACAGUGA